CUUUCUUCAUCUCCCUCCCCAACCUUUUUCCCAGGUCUCGCUAUUCGAUCAUAUCUCUCGAAGAAGACGAUGGAACGGAGCUUCGAUCCGGCGACUCUUGCCCGUAGCCGGCUCGCCGUCCUCUCCGCCCAUUUAGCCGCCGCCGCGACCUCCCCCGCCUCCUCCUCCGGUGAUCUCCCGCCGAUCCUCGAGACAUCCCCCGCCUCCCGGCAGGAGAUCGUUCUCCCUCCGGGGAACCUCGGCGGCUCCUUGACAGUUGUUGACGGAAGAACCGGGAAAAAAUACGAGCUCAAGAUCUCCGAGGAAGGGACCGUCAAAGCCACCGAUCUCAAAAAGAUAGCAACCGGAAAACAAGACAAGGGGCUUAAACUAUACGAUCCAGGCUACCUUAAUACGGCUCCAGUCCGUUCGUCCAUCUGUUAUAUUGAUGGAGAUGAGGGGAUUCUUCGGUACAGAGGUUACCCAAUCGAGGAGCUAGCUGAGAGCAGCACAUUUGUCGAGGUGGCCUAUCUCUUAAUGUAUGGGAAUUUGCCUUCUAAGAGCCAAUUGGCAGACUGGGAGUUUGCAAUUUCUCAGCAUUCUGCUGCUCCUCAUGGUCUUUUGGACAUUAUACAAUCAAUGCCUCAUGAUGCGCACCCAAUGGGUGUACUCGUCAGUGCAAUGAGUGCACUCUCUGUGUUCCACCCAGAUGCCAAUCCUGCUCUCAGAGGCCAAAGUCUUUAUCAGUCAAAGCAAGUAAGAGACAAGCAGAUAGUGCGGAUACUGGGAAAGGCACCCACUAUUGCAGCAGCAGCCUAUUUGAGAAUAGCUGGAAGGCCUCCAGUGCUUCCUUCGAACAACCUUUCUUAUUCAGAGAACUUUUUGUAUAUGUUGGACUCUUUGGGUAAUAGGUCUUACAAACCAAAUCCUCGACUUGCUCGAGCACUUGACAUUCUAUUUAUACUGCAUGCGGAACAUGAAAUGAACUGCUCUACAGCUGCUGCAAGGCAUCUUGCAUCAAGUGGUGUAGAUGUCUAUACUGCUAUUGCUGGUGCUGUCGGAGCAUUGUAUGGCCCUCUGCAUGGUGGGGCAAAUGAGGCUGUCCUUAAGAUGUUGAAUGAGAUUGGAACAGUCGAGAAUAUUCCAGAGUUUAUCGAAGGUGUGAAAAGCAGGAAGCGAAAAAUGUCAGGUUUUGGCCAUCGUGUAUACAAAAACUAUGAUCCUCGUGCUAAAGUUAUCCGCAAGUUGGCGGAGGAGGUCUUCUCAAUUGUUGGACGGGAUCCUCUCAUUGAGGUAGCUGUUGCAUUGGAGAAAGCUGCAUUAUCAGAUGAAUACUUUGUUAAGAGAAGACUAUAUCCUAAUGUUGAUUUCUACUCUGGCUUGAUUUACCGGGCAAUGGGAUUUCCGACGGAGUUUUUUCCUGUUUUGUUUGCAAUCCCUCGUAUGGCUGGAUACUUAGCACAUUGGCGAGAAUCACUUGAUGAUCCUGACACGAAGAUUAUGAGACCCCAGCAGGUCUAUACGGGCGCGUGGCUUCGCCAUUAUAUGCCUCCCAAAGAGCGAACCUUAUCAGCUGAGACUGACAAGCUUGGUCAGUUGGCAAUUUCAAAUGCAACAAGGAGGCGUCUGUCAGGGUCCGGGGUGUAGAACGCAGGAAAGUGUAUGAUAAAAUUCCUAAGCAUCAAUUGCGCCCUUGUGUCUUAAUUGCAGGAUUGAUGCCGAAGCUUUGAAGAUGACUGUUUCAGCAAACUUUCAUGAUCAGAUGUCUAAAGCAAGUUCUUUUGCAGCUAUUUAUUUUUUUUCUUUUCUAUUUUUCAUUUUCCUGAAUGGCUGAUGUAUGCAGUAUUUUCUUGCUUCUUGUUAUUUAUGUGAUAAUUCGGAUGCUAUAAUAAAUAAGCAAGAAACGGAAUCAUGAAAAGCAUAUAGUACAAUCUAUAAACUAUUUACUGACUGAUAAGCAUACAGUACAAUCUAUAAACUAUUUACUGACU